AUGCAAAAGUCCAUGGACAAGAUGGUGAGCAAGAUCAAAAGUUUGGAGAAGAAGGUUUCUGGUUCUUCAAGCAAGAAGAAGAAGUCCAAGGCCCCCACAUUCCUUAGGAGUAGAUCUCUUCUCACCACUCCAAGGAGGCUCCCUGCCCAAGAGCCUCACAGAGCCUCUUCUUUCGAGCCAAGGGAAGGAGAAGACAACACGCAGAGAAGGAGGAAGACUUCCAAGGCCAGACGCUCCAGCUCGACCACCGGACUCGAUCGAGUCCAAACAGAGGAAACUCAACUCGAUCGAGCUGAGGGUCGAGUUGACCUGGAGGAGCCCCAGUUCGAGGAUCCGGGAUUUGAAUACGAUCCCAGCCUUACCAGGAGCCUCCCCGGAGUAGAUGGAACCCCUAUGGACAGUACGAGCUACCAAUGCUCCACCAAGGCCAAGGAAGCCACACACUUUGAGGAAGAGGAAGAGGAGAGCAAGCUCGAUCGAGUGACACAGUUGAGUGGAGUGCUCCUGAUGGCCGUCUACCAUCUCCAGACCACGACCUAG